GCUUACGGCGUGCCGUCGGUUGCUAUGGCGCCCGAAAGGCGAUUCUAGGGUGGGCCCAAUGCCCUUACCGCCGCUCGCCCCUGCGCGGGUCUUCGCCGAGCUAAUCCCUCCCGCCCAAAACGGGACAGACAGGCGGGAGAAGGAAGCGCCCGGGGCCACAGGAGGGACCUCGGCGUCUUCCUUGCCGCCCGGCAGAGAGGUUCAUGUGAGCGGCACCGCGGAGCUCAGCGCCAGCCCCGACCGCGCGGAAGUGACCAUUCACCUGAGCAGCAGCAAAGGGGAGGCCGCGGCCGCCCGCAGCAGCGUCACCCGGAGGCUGGAUUAUAUCGUCCAGACGGCCCGGCAGCGAGGAGAGCUCUCGGAGAAGAAUUUGAGUGUGACAAAAAACUUCAGUAGAAUUGGCAAUGCUUAUAAGAUGGAAGCAGAGGUCUGCAUUACAUUCAAUGACUUUGGGAAAAUGCAAGAAGUCUGUAACUUUCUUGUUGAGAAGCUAGAUAGUUCUGUCACGAUUGGCCCACCUCAUUUUUAUCAUACAAUGGAGGCUAUAAAUAUCCUUCGGCGCCAGGUAUGUCUUGCAGCUGUUGGAAGUGCCCAGCAAAAAGCCCAAGAAGUUUGUCAGUUGUUCGGCCACUCCCUGGGGAAGCCUUUGCUGAUAAGGGAAGAGGAAGCAAAGGAGUGGGAAGGCCAUCUUGGAAACCAGGUGGCCGUACCUUCACAUUCACUGAGUUUGCAACAGAGAGUUCAAAGUGCCACCAUCUAUGCUUUCUCAAGGAUAUUUGCCAUUUUUGAAAUAAAAGGGGAAAGAAAGAGGAAAAAAGCUGCUCUUCUAAAUAUGAACUGAUUUGUUACCGAGGCCUCAAACUGUUUUUCCCCCCUUUGGGAAGAAAAAUGUCAUUAUGGUCAGCUUGAUUUUCCGUAAUCAGAAAAUUAAAGUGAUAGUGAGAUGCCGUUCA